GGGCCCGGCUCCGCCAUGGGCGCCGCUCGCUGCUCCCGGUUGCUGCUGCCGCCGCUGCUGCUGCUGCUCCUCCUGGCGCCGUGGGGCCUGCAUGUGUCGGGGGAGCCCCGCUCGGCGCGGCGGCGCUGGCCGGUGCCCUACAGGCGCUUUGAUUUCCGUCCCAAAACCGAUCCUUACUGCCAGGCUCGCUACACCUUCUGUCCCACUGGCUCUGCCAUCCCGCUUAUGAAGGAAGAGGAUGUCAUCGAGGUGUAUCGACUACAGGCUCCAGUGUGGGAGUUCAAGUAUGGGGACCUGCUAGGACAUUUGAAAAUUAUGCAUGAUGCUGUGGGUUUCAGGAGCUCUCUAACAGGCAAAAACUACACAAUGGAGUGGUAUGAGCUCUUCCAGCUUGGGAACUGCACAUUUCCACACCUGCGGCCUGGCAUGGACGCACCAUUCUGGUGUAACCAGGGAGCUGCCUGCUUUUAUGAAGGAAUAGAUGAUGCACACUGGAAGGCAAAUGGAACUUUAGUUCUUGUGACCACAAUAUCAGGAACCAUGUUUAAUGAAAUGGCACAAUGGGUAAAAUACGACAAUGAGACUGGCAUUUACUACGAGACCUGGACAGUUCAAGCAAGUCCUGACAAAAAGUCAACAGUGUGGUUUGACUCUUAUGAGUGCUCCAAGUUUAUACUGAGAACCUACCAGAAGCUAGCUGACUUAGGAGCUGUAUUUAAGAAGAUACAAACAAACUACACCAGCAUAAUUUUAUUCAGUGGAGAACCUAUUUAUUUGGGGAAUGAAACAUCUAUUUUUGGACCACAAGGAAACAAGACACUGGCAGCAGCUAUAAGAGACUUCUACAAUCCAUUCAAACCUCAUCAGAGUGUCAGAGAGUUUUUUGUGGAUCUUUUCAGAAUAAUUGAUCGUGUUAUCUUGAAUCAUCAGUUUUACCUCUUCUACAACUUGGAAUACUGGUUUUUACCUAUGAAGUCCCCUUAUCUCAAAAUAAUUUAUGAAGAGGUCCCUUUGCCUGUUGGCAGCAAAGCAUCCUCUGGUAUAUGACUGUUUACUGAAGAACAAAACUUGCCUUUAUGGCAAAAUAUUCUUAAGGAUUUUGGAGCGCUACCAUGAUGAUGGCAAAGGGUUGUAUGUUUUACUGCUGACUGUAAAAAUUGUGUUGGGAAGGCUUUGCUGUACCAAGUUAAAGACUCUGUAUUUUUUUCUUACAUCCUGUAUAACACAUUCAUGAACACUUCAGCAUCGCUGACCUGGCCAGCUUCUGUGUAAGCAUGGCCCCCUGCUGCCUGAGGGGAGACUGCAGUGGCUCCUCUGGCUGAGCUCUGCAGUGCCAGAGGGGGAAUGGGGGGACAGCUUGCCUGCUCUUGGCUCAGGGACUCUUCACAUGCAUGGCCACGGGGCAGCAGAUGGCACCUGGCCACCAGCAGAGGGGGGACACAAGUUACAAGGACUAACUCGCUCAGCAUGAGUGUCUGGAUUGGUCCAGUUCCUUCACCAUGUGCCUUACACUGCUGUUCCUGUAGUUCUCUGGUUUGUUCAGCUGGGGCCUGGGGCAGUGAAUGUACUGGAGGAUGGUAUGGGUGAUGCUUUUUCCCCACUCUGCUUCCUUCAGCUGCACUGUAAACACCAUACAGAUGGCUCUUCUUCGGUUUCAUGUGUGUUCUGUGCCACAGAUAAAAGCCAAACUGCCUGCCUUGA